AUGAAUCUCAAACAGCAAAUACGGUUGAGAGCGUGUGAGCUUAUGGCAUCGCUGUCGAAGCUGAAGGCAGAAAUCAAUCACGAAGAGACGUUUAGACAUAUGCUGGCCGAUGUGCAUAAAGCAUACAUAAGGCUAAUGGCAUUUGCAACAAAAACAAAUGCCUUGAAAAAGAACCAAGCACAUAAGCAACAGGCCGUGGACUGCAUCAAUGGAAUAACAAGAUACGCAAUUGGGAGAUUCGAGUUUCUGUACAGCGAGACACAUGGUGUCGUUUCUGUGGCGAUGGGAGAUUGCAAUGCUGAUAGGCAUGUGCUAUGCAUAGCAAGAAAGGCCCCGGUUGAACAACAGGCAGAAGCAGUGGCUGGCCUGAUGGCGAUGUACAUGGAUUAUGAAAGCUUGCCAUGCGACAUGUGCGGCGAAUAUGCAAUGAUCCCUGGCUUUGAUACACCGCUACAAAGGAUAAUGCAAGACGACUUUGUAUUUUCGUGUCAUCCAAGAUGUAUGAUACCCUGCAUGAAUAAAACGAAAUGA